CUCAGUUUGCUCACGUCAGUCGGAGGGAAGGGCAAAGGAAAGGGAAAGGGAAAGGGCGCCGUCCACAGCACCGCGAGUCCCGCCAAACGACAGACAAUGUCGGACAAAGCUGGGUUGACGCUCCCCGUCGCUCGGGUCCGGCGGUACCUCAAAGCCGGCAAAUACGCCGCUCGCGUAACCCCCACAUCCGCGGUGUUCUGCACUGCCGUCCUUGAUUAUAUGGUAGCCGAGCUCCUGGAGCUGGCAGGGAACUGUGCACGCGACCAUCAGAAGAAGAGAAUCACCCCGCACCAUGUCAUGUUGGCGAUCCGCAACGACAACGAGCUGGAUAAGCUUCUGUGCAACGCGAUCAUCUUGGGUGGGGGCGUCAAGUCGCACAUCCACCCUGAAUUGCUGCAGAAAAAACCAGCGCGGAGCUCGAGCACAAUGGCCGUGUAAGGAGCUCAAUGAACGUCAGUGCCAGCUCAGAAUGUCCGCAAUUGCAAAUGUAAUGAUGGCUCCAGUAACGAUGAGUAAACUACACGGUUUGUAAAGAGAGUAUGAGAUGGUCCUAGGUAGCGAUACACAGAUACAU